AUGGAAAUUCCAGCAACACACAGUGCACAAUUCAAGGUUGAUUUGCAAGAGGUGGUCGCAUAUGUACCUCUGUACAUUUAUGUCACCUCCCCAACGGGAUUUCGAACUGUUGAUUCACCCCCUGGUUUAGACCCUGUAGGUACCAACAAGAAACUAAUAGUCGACACCUUGAACAUAUUUACCCCACUUGGCCGAAGAGAUCACGCGCUGCUGCUCUUUCGGCACGUCUUUUGCUCGAAAUGCAUCAAUGAGAAUAUG